CCGUUCAACUUUUUUUUUCUGCCGAGAAAAUCAAGAAAGAAACUUGACAUCAAGAUACAAGAUGGGGCCCUCAUCACUUUCAGGGUCUAUAUCGAGGGAAUCCUCGGUAUUGCCUGAUGCUUCAGAUGCUGGAAAUGAUCUAGACCAGAACCAAUCUCAAGCGCGCGCUUCCAAGCGUCGGCGUUUAUCGGUUUCCUCAAACGAUUCAUAUACCGCAGCACCCACACCAGCACCACUCCCUACCCUCUCACGAAUCAAGAAAAAGGCGCCCAGAGGCACAACGACCGAAAGCAAAGAAGAUAACCCCGUUCUGAUUAAGGAUGCGUUGGAGAUUGGGUUAAAUGCUGAGGAGUCUUCGUUCAAAAGGCUCAAUGUUGCGCCAUGGCUGGUUGGUUCAUUGACGACGAUGGCCGUUCGCAAACCGACGGCCAUUCAAAGGGCGUGUAUUCCUGAGAUUCUGAAGGGGAGGGACUGCAUUGGAGGCAGCCGUACAGGUUCAGGAAAGACCAUUGCAUUUGCGGUGCCAAUGUUGCAGAAAUGGGCAGAGGAUCCGUUUGGUAUUUUCGGGGUUGUCUUGACGCCUACGCGUGAGCUCGCACUACAGAUAUUUGAACAGCUCAAGGCUAUUUCCGCUCCACAAAGCAUGAAACCCAUCCUUAUCACCGGGGGAACGGACAUGCGCUCGCAGGCACUCGAACUCUCACGGCGGCCUCACGUUGUUGUAGCCACUCCAGGCCGUCUGGCAGAUCAUAUCAACACAUCCGGCGCAGACACAGUCGCAGGGUUAAAAAGAGUCCGCAUGGUCGUUCUCGACGAAGCCGACCGCCUCCUUUCUCCAGGGCAAGGCAGCAUGCUCCCAGACGUCGAAACAUGUCUCUCAGCCCUCCCUCCCUCAUCCGAGCGUCAAACCCUCCUCUUCACCGCAACCCUUACCCCCGAAGUACACGCCCUGAAAUCCAUGCCCCAAACCCAUGGCAAACCGCCGAUUUUCGUCACCGAGAUCUCCUCUGAAUCAAAAGACUCCAUCCCACCAACCCUCAAACAAACCUAUGUUCAAGUCCCACUCACUCACCGCGAAGCUUUCCUCCAUGUCCUUUUAUCAACCGAGUCCAACAUAACAAAACCAGCAAUAAUUUUCUGCAAUACGACCAAGACAGCAGAUCUACUCGAGCGCAUGCUUCGUUCACUUAGCCACCGCGUCACAUCUCUGCACAGCGGCCUCCCGCAGUCCGAGCGAAAUUCAAACCUAGCGCGCUUCCGAGCGUCUGCUGCCCGCCUCCUCGUCGCCACGGAUGUCGCAUCCCGUGGUCUUGAUAUUCCCUCUGUCAGUUUAGUUGUGAACUUUGACGUGCCUCGCAAUCCGGACGACUAUGUUCACCGUGUUGGUCGUACCGCUCGUGCGGGGAGAAGUGGUGAAGCAGUCACACUGGUGGGACAGCGCGAUGUACAGCUUGUUCUUGCGAUCGAGGAACGUGUGGGCAGGAAGAUGGUGGAGUAUGAGGAGGAAGGUGUCAACAUUGAGACUAGGGUCGCUAAGGGCUCAAUGUUGAAGGAGGUUGGGGCGGCGAAGAGGGAAGCGAUGGUGGAAAUUGAUGAGGGUAGGGAUGUGUUGGGUAGAAAGAGAAAUAAGCUGAAGAAGGUGCGGUAGUUUGAUGCGCACUAAUAGAGUAGAUUGGCUUCCACUGCCAAUACUAUCAAUACUUAGAACUAUCCAGAUUUUUGGAAACAUGUACUUUGGAUCUACCGCCACGGUAUAUUUGCCAAAUAUACCUAUCACUUCAGAGUCUACUACUAGAGGCAGUAACUGACUUUGCUCUGCCCAGGCCGAUGCGCCAUGUCAGGCCCCAGCCUAUAAAUAAUAUCGAAAGCCCAGUCUGAUAUACAACAAGCUCCAAAACGCCAAGUCCUCCCACAAUCUAACAGUCUGCCUUUUCGUAGCCGGAACUACCUGCACCACUAUUUGGAGUGGUGCCCAUGAGCUUAAGCAGCCCGUCUACCGCAUCGCCAUCACCCUCGUGUCCACUGCGCUGCGAAGAGGGCGAUGUAUCCUCCGCUGUUUUCUGUGGUGACUGGCAAUUUAGUCUACCACUUUGCGCGGUCGUUGCUGGAUUAGACUUGUAUGUAGGGCUGCUCAGGAGCAUCUGCGAUGGAGAUGCUGUGUGCUGAUCUUGUUGGAACGUAUGCUGCGUGGGAGUCACCUCUCCGUCUCCGGCCCCAGCCGGUUCUUGAACGUGGUGUAAUCGGGAGAUUUGUGCGCGCGGUGUGGAUAGCAUCUGAUCAUCAUCGUCAUCGUCCUCGUCAUAGUCCUCUUUUCCAGUACCAUAUUUCUGUUCGAGAUGUUGUUGUAUUCCUGAUCCUGAUAAUCGUGGGUAUUUCCGGCUAUGGGCCUCCAAUUCUGACACUCUUCGGUCGAAUUGGGGAUCUCGAAUAUGGCGCAUGGCAUUUUGAAGUCUAUUUCGAAGAAGGGUUGCUUUCUGUAUUGCAUUAGCAUCCGGGAUCCUGAUCAACGAUGUGGAGGUGAUUUGUACUUCUUUUAUGAAUUGCUUGCGUGUGUCGGGGUCCGAGGGGACAGAUUGUGUGGAAAUCGGUUGUGCUUCGCUGAAUGGGAUUCCAGCGUAGGAAGGUGUAUCUAUUUCAGGGAGUGGUUUUUCUGUUUGUUCAUCUAGGUUCAUCGCGUCGGAUGUUGGCUGUAUGUUUAUGUUAGCUCAACGGGUCGUCUACAAUAGCAAAUAGAUCCAGGAUAAGGCAGAACCAGGGAGACCCUGGUAUCUUCUUGCAACAAUCAGCAGCUCACUUACGCGAACUUCCCCGUCUGCGGCCAAUUGUUCAAAUAUCCCAUGCUGGGCAGGCGCCAAUGCUGCUGGUACCCGCGUCUCCACGCGCUGGACACCUAGUAAACCGCGCGCAUCAUUUCCAAGUUUCUCAUCUACUUGUCCAAUAGGUCGCUUCUGCGCGAUAAACGAAGGCGACGGGAGUAGUUUCUUUGGGGACGAAGAGUCGACAGAGGCUCGUUUUACAGGCGAACGUGCGGCGGGCGAGAGACACGCGUUGACAUUCUUUUCUCCGAGUAUUCGCCGGCUGUCCUUGAGCGGACUGGUGUGGAUAGAGGUUUGGGACAUCGUAGAGAUCCUUCCAGGCACGUUGGAUUGGGUUUGAGAGGCGAGAGUAGUGAAGGAUGCGCGCGUGUAGGUAUUACCGGGUGAGGGAUGAAUGAUUAAAUCGGCGGAGGAGAAUCCACGGCAAUUGCCGACGGAGAGACGGAGUAGGAGUGAAGAAAUGUAGUAUAUUUGUAAAGCACUAUAUCAGGAGAGGAGCACCGUGCGAUUGAUGUGAGGAGGAAAUUGGUGAGGGAAAGAGAGAGGAUGUUGUUGACGCGUGUGGGAAAGUCCGCGGCAAGGUGAAGCCGUAUACAAAGUGGAUAGUAGCGCGAUCUCCCACGCGUCGAGCACUCCACAAUCUGAGUUCACCACGUUGAAUCAAGGGACGGCAAC